AUGUCUUUCUCCUCAUCGGCCUCCUCCGUUGCGCAUCGCAAAGCGCAAAUCGAAGCCAAGAAAGCCAAGCUCGAGGAAAUUCGUCGUCAACGAGAGGAACGUGCACAACGUCUCAAAUCCACCUCCUCCGCUAUCCAAGAGAGCUCCACUUCCACUUCCUCGAGAAAGGAUCUCGAUGAUCUCGUCAACUCGCUCAUCUCGGGUCAAAGUGGUCCAUCUCGCAGUUCGCGCUCUUCGAUCAUUGGGACAGAGGCAUCAUCGCCGCGAAAAAGCUUGCUUGUGACAAGUAGAGCGGUGAGUGGCAGCAAUGAUCCGCCCUCUUCGGACUUCGGUGGGAGCGAAAGUGAAUUGCCAUCUACCCAAGGUGCGCCAACGGCGACAACAACUCCGAUCGGAGACGCGCUAGCUACGUCUGCACCGCUCGAACUUAUCGAUGUGGAAACGGAGCUGUUCGAACUACCCCAAAAGCAACGUGUCUUUUAUACCAAGGAGGUUCAAACCACUGCCGUAGGUGAUUCUGACGAUGAAUACUCCCCGCGGGAUUUCACCUCAGGCGGCGCCUCUGGCGGCGUCGUAGCAGAAGCGCGCCUCACAAAGGAAACCGAAGAAUCGCUUCGAGCCAAGAUCUUAGCCGAACACCAAGCCGAUCUAGCAGCACGACAGGAAGAACAAAGGUUGGAGCAGGAAAUCGCACAACAGCUGCGAGAGCUAAGCGACGAAGAACGACUCGCCGUCUACUCUGCGCAGGACUUCAGCGAUUUUGUGCAACAAUCGAGCAAGAUUGUUGAACGCGCAUUGACGGAUAGGUACGACUACAUGCGAGACUACCGCAUCUCGGCCGACGAUUCACUCUCGACAGAUAGCCGCUCACAGCUUCGACUAGCUCGCCGCUUCGGGAUGGCGGAUAAGAUGUUGAGCAAUCGAAGCGUGACGGCGAUUGACUGGUCUACCAAGUAUCCGGAAUUGUGCGUUGUCGCGUACAAUCGCGAUCCAACCAACGAAGAUGCACCGGACGGUUUAGUAGCUGUGUGGAACAUGCAUUUGGGCGAGAGGCCCGAAUUUGUGUUUCAUGCACAAACGGAUGUGGUUUCGGUCAUCUUUUCUCCCUUUCACCCAAACCUCAUCGUUGGAGGUACGUAUUCGGGGCAGAUACUGAUCUGGGAUACUCGAGCUCGCCACCUACCAGUCCUGAAAACGCCGCUAUCCGCUGCCGGGCACACGCACCCUGUAUACGGGCUCAAGAUCAUCGGCAGCGCCAACGCCAACAACCUGGUUUCGGCGAGCACCGACGGAACCAUCUGCUGGUGGAUGCUCGACAUGCUCGCUAGACCACAGGAGACGCUGGAGUUGGUCAACACGAUGCAUGCCAAAACGGACGAGGUGGCAGUGACGAGUUUGGGAGUGGUGGAUCAGGAAACGACGAGUUUCUUGGUUGGAUCCGAAGACGGAAAUGUGUAUGCGGGCAACAGGUAUGAUCGGGCUGGGCUAAAGGCUGGCUUGAACAUGGCCGAGGUGUACCGGGGCCAUGUGGCGCCCGUGACGGGGAUUGAUUUUCACCCUCUGAACGGAAGCGUGGAUUUCAGCGACCUGUUCCUAACGAGCAGUAUGGAUUGGACGAGUCGGUUGUGGAGGCUCAAACCUGCGGCUUCAACGACAGCGUCCGGUGUGGUUCCGAGCGCGUCCGCUGGAGCCAAUAGAGCCACUUCUAGUGGUGCAAGUGGAGCAGCGGCGCCAGUACCAGCGAUUCUCACGUUUGAAGAAUCCAACGAUUACAUCUACGAUGUGCGUUGGUCCACGUGUCAUCCAGCCGUGUUUGCCCAGGUGGACGGAACGGGUCGGUUGGACGUGUUCAAUCUGAAUGUGGAUACCGAACGACCUGUAGCUAGCGUGUAUGCGUCCUGUACGCCCAACGGCAGCGCUGCAGCCGAGAUGACGCUCGAUGCGACAGGUGGCGACGGAGCAAAGGCGUUGAACAAGUUGGCCUGGAGCAAAACCGGACGUCAGCUAGCCACUGGCGGCUCGGACGGCGUCGUGUAUGUGUACGAGGUUAACGACAACUUGUGCACCGCCCCCGAGGAAGAGGUUGCCCUGUUCCAGACCGUCAUCGCGAGGUUAUUAGCAGCUAGUGCCACAACACCCGUUCCAUCCACCCGCUGA